AUGUCUGACGCCCUCUGUAUUGUGGGUUCGUUGUUUGGAUCACCAGAAGGACGGCAAGAAUGUGGUUCCUGUUACCUGAUAAACAUGGAGUCUGUAAUGGCCAUUAUUGCUUCUGACAUUAUCUUGACCAUCGUCAUCACUAUUUCGGUGUUCUGCUUUGCAACUCACCACAACAGAAGGAGAGAAAGGGAUUCUCAUGAUGGUAGAAGAAACCUGCCAUCAUCAAUAUCAAAGAAAAUUGCAACAGAGGUCACAGAAUCUCCCUACCAGGAGUUACAUGGAGUCCAAUCAGAUGUGUACAGUGAGCUUCGGCACUUUAGGAAAUGAAACAGCAGAGCUAUAAAAUUCCCAAAAAUGUCUUGUCUGUAAUUAUUUUCAAAAGCUAUAACCACAUGGUACCACACAAUCCUCUACACACAUCUUAUUUUGCCACUUAUACUUCUACAACAUUAUA